UGCGACAGCUGAAAACUCCGCUCUCUGACGCUCUCCCUCUCGCUCCAUGGCGCUCGCUGUUAGCUGUUGAGAGCGCCAUUAUGCUAUCGGCGAGAUACAUUUGGCUACAAGCACAUCAGUUGCCGAUAAAACGCCAAGCUGUUUCCACGCUCCACGCUGCGCCAAUAAAUCACACGCAUUCCACGACGAAACAUCAAUGUAAUUUUCUUCGCUAUUUCAGCAGCAGCAACAGCAACAACAACAUCAGAAGUAACUAACAACAAAACGAAAGCAUUCCGGAACGGGAUAAAACACAGUUAGCUCUACGCCCAAGUUGUUCCAGAGCUUUCCAAAAUGUGCCGCUGUUUGCAGAACUGCCUGGAAGAUUGUUACUGGAACUGCUUUGAGGAGCGAUUCUGCUAUGAUGAAUCAAUCGCCAACUAUAAUGCCGAAGAGGAUGAGGAGUAUUUGGCCUCCCAGAAGCGUGGCACCAUCAUUGGACGCGUUCAGCCCACGGUGCAAGACAACAAUCAUCUAUUGACAGUUCCACAACCCAUUUGCGACCAGCCACUGGGCCUAAUGAGCGCCAAAAUUCAUGAGGAGGAUUAUCGGCGCGUGACACAAACGAAUGUGCCGAUGCUAGGACCGGAGAUAUUGGCAGUGUUUGCCAACUCGCAGAUCUUCCAGGAUCAUCAGCCAACCAAGCUAAAUCGCAUCAGCACAAAGACAUUCUUGGCCGGCGUCCAUUCGCCCAACAAAGAGGCGCCGACCACGCCGCGACUCAGCGAACAGGAGCGCCUCUUGCGACGUCUCGAAGCUGGUCUACAGGCCGAUGCCACCGACUCCACAAAGGCCGAGCCAAGCGCCGAGGAAGCACCAUCGCCCGAGAAACGGAUCACGUUCACAUUGGCCCCGUCGGAGUCCUCGCCGGAGGGCAGUCAGUCACUGGCGCCGAAAAAGUUCGAGCCCAUUGCCGAGGAAGAAAAGGAGGAUGAGAAGGAUAUGGACGAGGUGAUCUUGAGACCGCAUCUCAUCGAUCGCCGUCCCCAUCUGUUGCCCAGCACGAGCAGCCUCUCGUCCACGCCCAAGCGGACGCUUCGCGCGGCCAAAAGCGUACCGCACAUGUUUAUGGCGGACAGUGAUACGGACAUAUUCGCCAUCACGGGUACUGGCAGCCAGAUCAGCAUGACGCCGGAGGUGCCCUCCAUAUCCUUCAGCAAUCUGCCGAAGAACUACGAGGACACGCCGACCAUAGAAAAGUAUCGCGUAUCGCAGAGUCUCUACUCCAUACAGAAUGCAAAUGCGGCUCGUGCCUUACAGGAUGAUUACUCCAUGCCGCGUUACUUCCGACGCUCUAAUAUGCCCCUAGCUCAAAGCACCGAAAUUCUGCCCAGCAGUACGUCGCUGGCCUCCAUCUCGGCAUCAGUGGGCUCGACAUCCUCCUCCAAGGGCGAGCUGCGCCGGCUUGAGCAGCCCAAGAGCAAACGCCUCCAAAUGCUGCGUGGCAAUCUGCCGCCGCUACUCAUCCAUUCCGUGUCCUUCAAGCGCAAUCGGGAGGAAGGCAAACAAGUCGAUUAGAACUCUCUGCAUCUAAUAAUAUUACUUAUCUUGACUUCGACGUGGUUAAGCCAGGCACAAUG